AUGUCGAAAAGAAAGUUUUCUUUGAAGCCGCUAACGCUUAAAGUGCAAUUUAUAGGCAAAAAACGAAAAAGACAAGAAAACAUUAGCCUUGAUUUAGAAGAAACAAACAGUUUUAAGUCUACAGAACUCGAUAAAGCGACGACGAGUUCUACGACGACAACGAGUACUGCAGUUAUUACUACUUUUGACGAUUAUUUUAGUGUAGACGGAGAUUCGAGGACUUACGAAAGUCGGAAAUUSAAGGCUAUUCAAAAGUGGGCCGAGCUGCGACAAACGCUGAUCGAUGCAGCAAUAGAGGAACAAUCAAUUGCCACAAAUACAAUGUGCUCCGUGUGUUCUUCAAAUGAUGCUGAAGUUCGUUGCACAUUCUGUGGACCACGGCAGUAUUUUUGUCGCAGAUGUGGAAUUGAAGAACACAAGGAAAGGAAUUAUUUUCAUGUAAUGGAAUUGUGGCAGGAAGGUAUGUUUGUUCCUUUCUGGAACGAAGCGGUGAUAAAACUGCCAAAUCAUCGUUGCAAUUCACAUGUGGAGGUGAAAGAAAUGAACUUUAUUGAUCAACAUGGUAAUUACCAUGUCAAGCGCGUCCAGUUUUGUAGCUGUGAAAGCUCUACAGCCACCCUGGUCAGGCUUCAGUUUUUGCCAGGCUCUCCAGAAAGACCACCAACAGCAAUUCAUUUGAAGCUAAUGGAAAUGUUGACGGUACACUUCAUUCAUUGUAAAGCGUCUUUAAAAGAACUAUGCGAAUCAAUUGAGCUCCUCAAACCCAAACUCCAGCCCAAAACAAUCUCAUCAAUAUAUUCAGUACUUAACUCUGGAUCCUUUGAAGAGUACAGGUACAUAUAAAAACAGAUGAAUAAU